ACGUGACUUCACGUGAUGGAUACGCUUCCCCAUAUAAAACCCUUGCCCAAUACUGGCGGGAACACAAAAGCCAAAUCCCUUCACUAUUUGGAUUCAUCUUUUCCUAAUUCCCAUCUUCUCUCCCGCGCACUCCCUUCCAACUCAAAACCUGAAACGAUGAACGGAAAUUCCAGAAAGAGACCGCCGCCAACACCACAUACGCCGCAACCAUCGCCGGCGGCUAAGCACCAAGCCACAAUCGAAGACGAAUUCGUCGACGAGGAUGUAUUUCUCGACGAAACCCUCAUCCCCGAGGACGAGGAGGCCAUCAUACUCCGCGACAUUGAGGAACGUGAGGCAAUCGUCGCCCGCCUUGCUCGCUGGGCUCGGCCGGCUCUCUCUGAUGACUACCUCUCUCAAGCCAAGAACAUAUUGUUUCAGCAGCUUGAAAUGGAUUACGUGGUUGGAGAGUGUCGCAAAGAAUUGUUGCCUGAUUGGUCAGGUCCCGCAGCUGUUAUCCGUAUUUUUGGGGUUACAACGGAAGGACAUAGUGUUUGCUGUCACGUGCAUGGAUUUGAGCCAUAUUUCUACAUCAGUUGCCCUCCCGGGAUGGGCCCGGAUGAUAUUGCUCGUUUUCAUCAGACUCUUGAGGGGAGGAUGAGGGAGGUGAAUAGGAACAGUAAGGUACCGAGAUUUGUCCGACGGAUUGAAAUGGUGCAGAAGAGGAGCAUCAUGUAUUACCAGCAGCAAACUUCUCAUCCCUUUCUCAAGAUUGUGGUUGCUUUGCCAACGAUGGUCUCCAGCUGCCGCGGAAUUCUUGAUAAAGGCAUUAACAUUGAUGGCCUUGGUAUGAAGAGCUUCAUGACAUAUGAAAGUAAUGUCCUUUUUGCUCUUCGAUUCAUGAUCGAUUGCAACAUCGUUGGUGGAAAUUGGAUUGAAGUACCUGCUGGAAAAUAUAAGAAGACAGCAAAGAACUCUUCUUAUUGCCAGUUGGAGUUUGAUUGCUUAUAUUCUGACCUAAUCAGCCAUGUCCCAGAAGGGGAGUUUUCAAAAAUGGCCCCAUUUCGAGUUUUGAGUUUUGACAUUGAGUGUGCUGGCCGUAAAGGUCAUUUUCCAGAACCUUCUCAUGAUCCUGUUAUUCAGGUGGCCAAUUUAGUUACUUUGCAGGGAAAAGAUGAGGCAUUUGUCCGAAAUGUCAUGACCCUCAAAUCAUGCUCUCCAAUAGUUGGUGUUGAUGUGAUGUCUUUUGAUACAGAAAGAGAAGUUUUGUUAGCUUGGAGGGAUUUUAUGCGUGAAGUGGACCCAGAUAUCAUAAUUGGCUACAACAUUUGCAAAUUUGAUUUGCCAUAUCUCAUUGAGCGUGCUCAAACAUUGGGAAUAGCAGAAUUUCCUAUAUUGGGCCGAAUUAGGAACAGCAGAGUUCGUGUUAAAGACACGACCUUUUCAUCAAGACAAUAUGGAACAAGGGAAAGUAAAGAAGUCACUGUGGAAGGAAGAGUUCAAUUUGAUUUGCUUCAGGCUAUUCAACGGGACUAUAAAUUAAGCUCAUAUUCAUUGAAUUCUGUUUCAGCUCACUUUCUUUCUGAGCAGAAAGAGGAUGUCCAUCAUUCCAUAAUCUCUGAUCUUCAGAAUGGGAAUGGAGAAACUAGGAGGCGGCUUGCUGUAUAUUGUUUGAAGGAUGCGUAUCUCCCACAGCGACUUUUGGACAAACUGAUGUACAUCUAUAACUAUGUAGAAAUGGCACGUGUCACAGGCGUGCCUAUCUCUUUUCUUCUUUCCAGAGGGCAAAGCAUCAAGGUGCUUUCUCAACUUCUUAGGAAGGCUAAACAGAAGAACCUUGUUAUUCCCAAUGUCAAACAAGCAGGAUCUGAGCAAGGGACGUACGAGGGUGCUACUGUAUUGGAGGCAAAGGCAGGAUUCUAUGAAAAGCCAAUUGCAACAUUGGAUUUUGCAUCUUUGUAUCCAUCAAUUAUGAUGGCGUAUAAUUUAUGCUACUGCACUCUGGUGACUCCUGAAGAUGUUCGCAGACUCAAUCUCCCCCCAGAAUGUGUCAAUAAAACUCCAUCUGGUGAAAUGUUUGUUAAACCAAACUUGCAGAAGGGAAUUCUUCCUGAAAUUCUUGAAGAACUGAUUGGUGCUCGUAAAAGAGCAAAAGCUGAUUUGAAGGAGGCAAAAGAUCCAUUUGAGAAGGCUGUUCUUGAUGGUCGACAGCUGGCCUUGAAAAUUAGUGCAAAUUCUGUAUAUGGAUUUACUGGAGCCACUGUUGCCCAAUUGCCUUGUCUAGAGAUUUCUUCAAGUGUCACUAGCUAUGGUCGAGAAAUGAUUGAGCACACCAAAAAGCUAGUGGAAGAUAAGUUUACGACACUGGGGGGUUAUGAACACAAUGCUGAGGUUAUUUAUGGGGACACAGACUCGGUCAUGGUACAGUUUGGCGUGUCUACAGUAGAAGCAGCAAUGAACCUGGGAAGAGAAGCUGCUGAUUUUAUCAGUGGAACUUUCACUAAGCCCAUCAAAUUAGAGUUUGAGAAGGUUUAUUAUCCUUAUCUGUUGAUAAGCAAGAAGAGAUAUGCUGGUUUGCUUUGGACAAAUCCUAAGGGAUUUGACAAAAUGGAUACUAAAGGCAUUGAAACUGUUCGAAGAGACAAUUGUUUGUUGGUUAAAAACUUGGUAACUGAGUGUCUUCACAAGAUAUUAAUUGACAGAGAUGUUCCUGGCGCAGUCCAGUAUGUCAAAAAUACUAUAUCAGAUCUUCUCUUGAACCGUAUGGAUUUGUCACUUUUGGUGAUCACUAAGGGUCUCACAAAAACAGGAGAUGAUUAUGAAGUAAAGGCAGCUCAUGUUGAACUCGCUGAACGCAUGCGCAAGCGGGAUGCUGCAACUGCUCCAAAUGUUGGGGAUCGAGUACCUUAUGUUAUAAUUAAAGCUACAAAAGGUGCCAAGGCGUACGAGAGGUCAGAAGACCCUAUCUAUGUACUAGAAAACAAUAUACCGAUAGACCCUCAAUACUAUCUUGAAAAUCAAAUUAGCAAGCCACUUCUAAGAAUUUUUGAGCCCAUUUUGAAGAAUGCUAGCAAGGAACUUCUCCAGGGAAGUCAUACAAGAGCUAUUUCCAUCUCUACUCCUACCACUGGGGGAAUUAUGAGAUUUGCUAAGAAAAAAUUAUCUUGCAUUGGUUGCAGGGCAUUACUAAGCAACUCAGAUCAUACUCUCUGCCUGCACUGCAAAGGAAGAGAAGCUGAACUGUACUGCAAAACAGUUUCUCAUGUAUCUGAGCUAGAGGAGCUGUUUGGGAGGCUGUGGACACAAUGCCAAGAAUGCCAAGGCUCUCUACAUCAGGAUGUACUCUGCACAAGUCGGGACUGCCCAAUAUUUUAUCGGAGGAAGAAGGCACAGAAGGACAUGACUGAGGCCAGGCAGCAACUAGAUCGGUGGAACUUCUAAGACACGCUAGAAGGUUAGUGAUGCAUUGACGUAAUACAUACUUGUAUGACAAGAGAACUGUUUUUCUGAUGGGAAAAUUGAACACAGACAGCACUUCUCUGAAGUUUGGAAGUCUCUCCUUUGUCUUGAGCUUUGCCCUUCUCCUCACCUUCGUUUAGUCUAAUUGUUGCUACUGCGAAAUUUGACCAAAAUGCAAAGAUUCAAAACUGGGCCUUUUUCCCCGCCUUGUUGAUACUGUGCAGUCUGCCAAAAGUUGUAAUCUGGUCAAUGUGGCACUGGUACGGGAAAAGAUGUUGACCCGUGAAAUUAUCUGAAAAUAUCCUUAAUUAUGGACA